AGGGGGUUUGUGACCGGUCUUCCCCCCAGCCAUAAGAGAUGGAAACAAAGAUUCGUUUUUAUUGAGUUUCCCUCUGACCAAUUUCCUUUCACUAACCCCGAGUGGGCUGACCGGGUAAUAAAACCUGAAAGGGUUCACCCGGAGCCUACCCCUGAGCUUGAAGAUGCCUGCGAGAAACUUCUCAAGGGUGAUCCUGUGACCGGUAAGCCAUACGCCUACGGUGGAUGGGUAUACCGGUUACCUAACCCGGAUGGGAGUGAAUCUGCGACCCAUGACGCAGAAGAUGACCAGGCAAACUCCCCGGAUGGUCAUGCUGAGGCCAGUUCUCCUCGUCCAGACAUGAACUUCAACAGGAUGACCACCAUCAUUGAGGAUGACGACGAUGAUGUCCAAGUCCUCCACUCCAACCGGUCUCCUUUCUCCAAGCCUUCUUCUCCUCCUUACUUCCCUGAAAUGGAUGGGGCCACAAGUGCCCGGUGUAGCCCUAUCCAUGAACAGAGCCAAAAACCGAACUCUCCUCCAGCCACCCAUCUCUUUGAAAAUGACCGGGUUCCUCAUCCCAAGAAGGAUGUCAAGGCCAAAGGGAAGGGGAUCGAAGUUGGCCGGUCACUCCUGGAGUCCAAGGACCAGGUCUCCGAACUUACCCUCCUUCUUGCUUCUGCCAAGUUGGAGAUCAAUGACCGGGCCGAGAGGGAGAAGAGACUUGAAGAGGAGCUGAAGGAAGAGAGGGCCAAGCUAGACGAGGAAAGAGCCAAGCUGGCGGAGGAGAAGAGAAAGGUGGCUGAGCUAGAGGAAGCUUUGGGACAGGCUGAAGAAUCUGCCCGGGCAAAGGAGCAGUCUUUUCCUGAUGAUGCUGCAACUUGGGCCGCUCGCCAUCACACUGAAGUUGCCCGGUCCGUUCUCACCAAGCCGGAGGAUACCAUGGAUUUUUUCAAGACCAUGUACAAAGAACCGGAGGGCAUGAGGAUGAUAACUGAGAUCGGGUCAUACGGCUUCCAGUGUGGCCAGAAGGAUGAGAGGUCCCUUCUCUAUGCCAGGCUCCAGAAGAGGGACCCUUCGUUUGACCCGGUCAAGAUGAAGCUUCCUCCUUUGUACAAGGAAGAGCCAGCCCCCCUUUUCCCUUGCAGUAGAUCUUGUGGCCUGACUAGUCUUCUGGACCGGCUUGUGUCUAGGUUGAACUGCAACAAACGUCAAGGUCAGUUUCUUCCUCGCCUGUUUUCUGACCCAGUCAACUUCCAGGUUCUAAUGGCUUGGUUGCAAUAUGUAACCAGCAUGACGUCAAAUUUCCUGUCCAG